AGUGGGACUGUUGUAAAAAAUGGCGGCGCCUCGUCGCCCUUCUCAGCAGCAACAACAGAGCAUAUGCUCGCCAUCUCGCAGUACUUAUCUUUCCCCCACACCUCCGGGAUCUCCUACAGUUCCCGGUGCUGAACUAGACAGCGCCGGUGAUCAGGAGUUAACUCCGGCCUCCCCCGAUAUCCCUGCCCCAGCCCUGAGCAGUAGCACCAGCUCCUCUAACGUUAGUACCACCGGGGGUGGCAUCAGCACUGGCCCCAGUCCUAACUCGGGCAGCACUAGCCCCGCGGGCGGCGACUGCGGCACAAGCGGGGCUUUCAGAGAGUUGUUUGAAGCCUGUCGCACUGGGGAUGUAUCGCGGGUGAAGAGGCUGGUGGAUACGGUUAACGUCAAUGCCAAGGACAUGGCUGGUCGAAAAUCCACUCCUCUGCACUUCGCUGCAGGAUUUGGGAGGAAGGAUGUUGUAGAGCACCUCCUUGAGACAGGCGCCAAUGUUCACGCCCGUGAUGAUGGAGGUUUGAUCCCUCUGCAUAAUGCCUGUUCCUUUGGUCACGCUGAGGUGGUCAGCCUGCUCCUCUGUCAGGGUGCCGACCCAAACGCCCGGGACAGCUGGAACUACACACCACUCCACGAGGCUGCCAUCAAGGGCAAAUUAGACGUGUGCAUCGUGCUGCUCCAGCACGGAGCUGACCCCAACAUACGCAACACUGACGGCAAGAGUGCCCUGGACCUGGCCGACCCGUCCGCCAAGGCUGUACUCACCGGUGAAUACAAGAAAGACGAACUCCUGGAGGCAGCUAGGAGUGGAAAUGAAGAGAAGCUCAUGGCCCUGCUCACUCCGUUAAACGUCAACUGCCACGCAAGUGACGGCCGCAAGUCGACAUCUCAAAAAAUGCUGUCCACCCCUCUCCACCUGGCUGCAGGGUACAACCGGGUCAGAAUAGUCCAGCUCCUACUACAGCACGGUGCCGACGUACAUGCAAAGGACAAAGGGGGUCUGGUUCCUCUCCAUAAUGCCUGUUCCUAUGGUCACUACGAAGUGACAGAGCUGCUGCUGAAGCACGGAGCGUGUGUUAAUGCCAUGGACCUGUGGCAGUUCACCCCUCUCCACGAAGCUGCCUCGAAGAACCGCGUGGAGGUGUGUUCUCUGCUGCUGAGCCACGGGGCUGACCCCUCCCUGGUCAACUGUCACGGGAAGAGUGCUGUGGACAUGGCCCCCACCCCAGAGCUCAAAGAGAGACUCACCUAUGAGUUUAAGGGUCACUCUCUGCUCCAGGCAGCGCGGGAGGCAGACAUGGCCAAGGCCAAGAAGACCCUUGCUCUAGAGAUUAUCAACUUCAAACACCCACAGACCCACGAGACGGCACUGCACUGUUCAGUGGCCUCUCCUCACCCCAAGCGGAAGCAGGUCACAGAGCUGCUAUUACGUAAAGGUGCCAACGUCAACGAGAAGAACAAGGACUUCAUGACUCCCCUACACGUGGCUGCUGAGAGGGCACACAAUGACAUCAUGGAGGUGUUGCAGAAACAUGGAGCAAAGAUGAAUGCACUGGACACCCUGGGGCAGACAGCCCUGCACCGUGCUGCCAUGGCAGGACACCUCCAGACCUGCAGACUGCUGCUGAGCUACGGCGUAGACGCCUCCAUCCUCUCACUACAGGGAUUCACCGCCUCACAGAUGGGCAACGAGGCCGUGCAGCAGAUACUCAGUGAAAAUGUACCUGUGAGGAACUCUGAUGUAGACUAUCAACUCCUGGAGGCAGCUAAAGCUGGAGAUCUGGACACUGUGAAGUCAUUGUGCUCUCCACAGAAUGUGAAUUGUCGGGACCUGGAGGGUCGUCACUCCACUCCACUGCACUUUGCCGCCGGCUACAACCGUGUGGCGGUGGUGGAGUACCUGCUGCAUCAUGGGGCCGACGUCCACGCUAAAGACAAGGGAGGUCUGGUGCCCCUGCACAACGCCUGUUCUUAUGGUCACUAUGAGGUAGCUGAGUUGCUGGUGAGACAUGGGGCGUCGGUGAACGUGGCAGACUUGUGGAAGUUCACUCCUCUCCACGAGGCUGCAGCCAAGGGCAAAUACGAGAUCUGCAAGCUGCUCCUCAAGCAUGGGGCAGACCCGACCAAGAAGAACCGUGAUGGAAACACUCCUCUGGACAUGGUGAAGGAGGGGGACACAGACAUCCAGGACCUGCUGAGAGGAGACGCUGCCCUGCUGGACGCUGCGAAGAAAGGCUGUCUGGCCCGCGUCCAGAAACUCUGCAGCCCAGAGAACAUCAACUGUAGAGACACACAGGGACGCAACUCCACCCCCCUGCACCUUGCAGGUGAGACUGGUCACCAAGACAUAGCCAGGGCUGGCUACAAUAACCUGGAGGUAGCAGAAUACCUUCUGGAGCAUGGAGCUGAUGUCAACGCCCAGGACAAGGGGGGUCUCAUCCCCCUCCACAACGCUGCCUCUUAUGGGCAUGUGGAUAUAGCUGCUCUCCUGAUCAAGUACAACACGUGUGUGAACGCUACAGAUAAGUGGGCCUUCACCCCGCUCCACGAGGCGGCUCAGAAAGGCCGGACCCAGCUAUGUGCUCUGCUACUGGCCCACGGAGCUGACCCAAGCAUGAAGAACCAGGAGGGACAGGCGCCACUGGACCUGGCUACGGCUGAUGACAUCAGAGCGCUGCUGAUAGAUGCCAUGCCUCCAGACGCCCUGCCCAGCUGCUUCAAGCCUCAGGCCACGGUGGUCAGCGCCUCAGUGGUCAGUACAGCGGUCAUCUCUCCAGCCUCCACGCCCUCCUGCUUGUCUGCAGCCAGCAGCAUAGACAACCUGGCUGGGUCCCUCAGCGAGCUCACUGUGGCUGGAGCCACUGGGCCUGUAGAUGGAGCCACCGGCUCCGACAGGAAGGACAAAGAGACUGUUGUAGACAUGAACAUCAGCCAGUUCCUGAAGAGCUUGGGGUUGGAGCACCUGCGUGACAUCUUCCAGAGGGAACAGAUUUCACUGGAUGUCCUGGCUGAUAUGGGCCACGAGGAGCUGAAAGAUAUUGGGAUCAAUGCCUACGGUCACCGCCACAAACUCGUCAAAGGCGUGGAGAGACUCCUGAGAGGACAGCAAGGUGCUAAUCCGUACCUGACGUUCCACUGUGCCAGUCAGGGUACGGUGCUCAUAGACCUGGCCACGGACGAUAAGGAGUUCCAGUCUGUAGAAGAGGAAUUGCAAAGUACGAUCCGAGAGCACCGGGACGGGGGCAACGCAGGUGGGGUCUUCAGCAGGUACAACAUUCUAAAGAUCCAGAAGGUGGUGAAUAAGAAGUUGAGGGAGAGAUACUCACACAGACAGAAAGAGAUCGCUGAUGAAAACCACAACCAUCACAACGAACGCAUGCUCUUCCACGGUUCUCCAUUCAUCAACGCUAUCAUCCAUAAGGGCUUUGACGAGCGGCAUGCCUACAUCGGAGGCAUGUUCGGAGCGGGCAUCUAUUUUGCAGAGAACUCCUCCAAGAGUAACCAGUACGUGUACGGGAUAGGAGGGGGAACAGGCUGCCCCCCUCACAAAGACCGUUCCUGCUACCUCUGCCACAGGCAGAUGUUGUUCUGCAGAGUGACCCUGGGCAAGUCUUUCCUCCAGUUCAGUGCCAUGAAGAUGGCCCACGCCCCCCCUGGACACCACUCAGUAAUCGGCCGGCCCAGCGUCAACGGACUGGCUUACGCAGAAUAUGUCAUCUACAGAGGAGAACAGGCGUACCCAGAAUACCUCAUCACGUAUCAGAUCCUGAAACCAGAGAGCACACCCUCCCCCACAGCCGGAGCAGAACAGAAGACCUAACCCAGACUCAACCAGACUAACACACACCCACCUUUACUGGGAGAGAUGAAUCACAGAGACUUUUACCCAAAUCACUACUUCACACAUUCUGGGCUGAGCCGGGAUGAACAUCAGCCCCUUAAAUGAACUCUACACCCCUAGAAGGAUGUCUUUCCUCCGCUAGUUUUUUGUUCUAUUUCACUCACGAUAAAUGACCGGUUCCUCAUAACCACCACCCUUUAUUUUCCCAAAUGUUUUGUUUUUAUGUUUUCCUUUGUCCUUCAUUAGUGUUUACUUGAAAAUGUUGCCUUCACUGGGAAUUGUCUAAUGUUGUCGCCUGUCUCAGAGCUCAUGCUCCUGGGUCUCUCGCUCAUGGUUGCCACUGGUGAUUGUUGACACUGGUUACGGCCAAAUAGAGAGAACCAAGCGGAUAAAGUUCAGGUUAGGUUAGAGAUGGGGACUCAAAGCUCAUUGGUUAGCGGUAAGGCUCAGAGAUAAGGACUCUUGCCAGUCUGCCUUUAUCUAAAUGAUAGCUUCCCCAAGUGAAGCAUGGCUGAGACUCCUCUUCUGUACCUAUCACUCAGAUGGAUAUGUAGGUAGAAAUCAGGGUGGAUGUACUAGUAUGCAGUAUACCAGCCUCAAUCCCAGCCCUGUUUCUUCAUCAAGCCUGGCAAGGGAAGAUGUGGUACACAGACCCCAGACCCAGAUCAUGCGUGACUGAAAACAACCAAUAACCUCUCCCUUUCCGUUCCAGCACACAAAUAUCAUUUCUUUAGCUCAUCAAACAUUACACUUCAUUUAUCCUAUUAGCUCUGUAUUAUUUUAUUGUGAUAUUUCCAUGAUAGUUUUACUUUAUUGUUUUAAAAGAUGAUGUAUAAUGGGACCAUGUCACAAUGGGGACCAGACCUGGAGGUUUUUGACCCCUUUGUUUUUUUAAAGUUGAGAUGAUAUAAGAUAUCCCUCUCUGGGACCAUUAGGGGUUCCCUCUCUGGGACCAUUAGGGGUUUAUUUUCUGUUACUGGAACUGAUGGGAAAUCCCUAAAGGUUUCAGAUUGUGAAAUUGAGUUAUGUGAGAAAGUAAAGCAAGCUAUGAGACAUUACUAUUAUUAAUAUAACAUUACUUUGCACAAGAAAACACUUUUCAUUACCAUUUCCCAUCCAGUCAAACUCAUCUUUUAAUGGAUUUGCACUUUUAAACGGGAAUGAUUUUUAAGUUAUUUGAAAAUGUAUUGAAAAUAACGUUGAAAAAAAGAUGUCCAGUAUUGUAGUGUGUUGCAGACGAUGCCUUUGUAAAGCUCACCAUGUUGUUAACGGAUGAAGAGUGGGCUGUAUUAGUACUGUAAAUUAUUUGUUUGUUUUUUGGUGGGGAUGAAAGCGAUUUUUGUAGCUGUUUUUCCCGAUCUCUUUCAUGGUCAAUUCCACAUUCAUCCCUCUGUUCUGUAUCCUCUUUGAGAAGUAAACAAUAACUUGUCUUGCUUCCUACUGGUUUUGUCAAUCAUUCUCUGGGAAAUAACAGUUUGAAGCAAUGGCUGGUUUGAUUGUCACAUCCUGUAGUCUCUAUUGGAGGACACUGUCUCCCUGUGUCUCCUCACUCUCACUAGCUGGGCUCUAUCUGCAUCUGCUGGUGUGGUACUCUGCCAUCCUUGCUGUUUCAGAUACCAGCUCCAGAACUGUCUGCGCUUUGACCGGGAUGUUAACCUAUCCAUUUACUACAACCUGUGUUAGUCCCAAAUACCACCCUAUUCCCUAUAUAGUGCACUACUUUUGACGGGUUCCCUACUGGUCCUGGUCAAAAGUAAUGCACUAUAUAGGGAAUAGGGGGCUAUUUGGGACUGAACCUUGGUCUUAAAGGAAAACACCACUCAAACUAUUUUUUGGUAUUUGUUUCAUUAGUCUGCUGCUGAUAGUUUUGCAUGUCAGCAAUCAAGUUUUCAAGAUAUAGAACUUUCAAAAUACAGAAUGUGUCCCAGUAUGAAGCGACUAAUGAAACAAUACCAAAAGAUAGUUUGAGUGGAAUUUUCAUUUAAUCUCCACUCUUCACUUCAGACCAACACCUGGAGGGAGCCUUGAUGCCUCUUACUUACUACUACAGUUCUUAUCUUAUCUUUGUUUUUCUGGUGCUGAAAAGAUCCAGUAAUGAAUGACAUACUGACUAUCAUGUACCACAGCUGAUUUGGAGACUAAUGUAACACUCCUCAGUGUUGUAAAGAAGUAUCAAUAAAGAACAUAACUGUCCAA